GGCAGCAGGACACGAUUUUGUUUUCCCUCGAUACGAUGAGGCCCUGCUGACCCAUAAGCGGGGCGGAUCCAUCGUUAUCGAGUGUGCACGGCCCUGCUGCGCAACAGAUCAUCGCGGCACGUAGCGGCCUCUCGUCCGACGGUGAGUGGGAAGAUGCGGCGAUUGGAUCACUCAUAAGCACACCGAUGAGCUGACAGUGUUUGCUGUCUGUGUGUCUGUGUGUGUCGGUGGUCUUCAGGUCUGCCUUGUCGACGGGCUGACUGAUUGGUUGAGUGUGUGUGUGCGGCUGGCCGUCGACUCAUACGUUUGAUAGGCAAGCACUGGUUGAUGCACACAACAAAUGCAUCAGAUGCCUGCAGGCCCAUCUGUCUGUGUGUGGUCCGUGGUGCAGCUGUCUGUCUGAGUGAGGGAGAGUGAUGUCUUGUCGUCCCGACACCGACAUGGCCUCCCCUGCUAUGGCGGACGGUGGCGAUGGCGAUGAAGGUACACUCAGCUCAGACAAAUGCAGCACAGCACACACACAGCACCGUCGUGUUUGUGGAUGUGUGCAGAUGGGGAGUGCGCAGGUCCUGAGGAGGGCGGUGGUGCGGUGACCAAUGUCGUCAUGAGGCAGAGGAGCAACGCCUCCACGACAGAGCCCUCUCAGAUGCCAUCGCCGGUAGGCCAACAAACAAGAGCACCGCGACGGACAGACAGACACCUUCACCCACUCUCCCUUUCGUAUGUGUGUGUCAUUGGCUGUCCCGCCGCGGCACACGGCAGGCCAUCCAUCUCACGGCCAGGGUGGCGGGUGGGCCACAAGCAGCAGCAGCAUCGGCAGCAGGGGAGCAGGAACCCUCAUCUAGCUGUGCAGGUAGUCAAUGAAGGCACAACAGCCAGCCUGACGCAGGACGCCAUCAUGGUCUGGGGCGUGUGUGUGUGUGUGUGUGUGAAGGUGUAGGUGUUGUGAAGCGUGCCGGCUCUCCUCUGGAGCAUCGGGAGCCUAAGAGGGCCAAGGGAGACGGCCAGACACACCAACCUGCCGCCAACCUGCCCAAUGGCCAACAGUCACAGGUGAUUGCAUGCCUCCUCUGCCCCUUACUCAGCACCACACUAAGAGAUGGCAUGGCUGUGUUGUGUUGUGUAUGGUAUGUGCAGCGUCCCCCCGCUCCCCAUCCUGCUGCUGCUGGUGUUGGCGGCCAUGCCCAUCGCCCACCGCCACCGCCCCGUGUCGGAAAGGGCGUCAGCAGCAGUGCUGCUGGGGAUCUCGGUGUUGGUGCUGGUGUCGGUGCCUCUGGUGGGCAGGGCAGCCGGCAGGUUCGACAGGAUAGAGGUCGGUCAACAAGUCACCCACCACCAACACACAUAUACCACCCUCCCCUAUGGACGCUGUGCCACAGGUCCGUCGCUACCACCUGGCUGGAAGAGCUACGGGAACGGCGUCGACGUCCGCCUCCCUCUUGGCACCAGCGACGCCAGCAGACGGCUGUCCAAGGCCAUCAUCCGCCGCACCGUCACUCACCCACAGCAGGUGACGGACAUGAUCCAGCGGCAGGGGGCCGAGCCCAAUGUGAUGCCACUGCUGCGGGUGGAGGGCACCACGAGCGGCUAUUUCCCUUAUCCGCUGUUGUCGCUGUGCGUUGACAACCUCACUGACAACCGCCUGCCGUCCAUCUGGGCAGCCGACGACGGGGGCGGUGGCACUCCCGUCGCCAUGCCGACGUGGAAGACGCCCUCCCUGCAGCUCGCCGUCAUGCGAAGCCUGAUCCAGGGAGGCGCCGACGUCAAUCGGGAUGAGGGUGACCAUAGGCCCAUCGUGGUGGCCAUCGCCUCGUGCAAUCCGGCCGCAUUCGACCUCCUGAUGAGUCGGCCAGGUGCACACCCAUUCACAGCACUCACCAUACGGAACAUACAUCAUGAUGUCUGUCUGUCUGUUCCAGGCAUCCAGCUGCAGGGGCGUCGCGUGGCGUUUCUGCCGCGCACAUUGCCGACGGAUCAGCCGAGUGAGGCUCACGAGGCCACGCUGCUGUCCUUCUACCGGCAGCCUGUCGACCAGCGUGACCCCACACUCGCGACCGAGCGGGGCCCGGGUGACGGCAAUCCGCUCCAUCGGGCAGCCGCGUCCUAUCCCGUCUGGUCCCAGCAGUUCAUCGAGGACUACAUCGACCUGCUGGUGGCCAACGGGGCCGACAUCACGGCCGUGAGCAGCAGUGGAUCGACGCCAUUGCGCUUCGCGGCCAUCACCGGCUCUCACUGUGUCGCUGCGUCUCUCUGUCGCCGUCUUCCCGCUGCCGACAUCAACAGAGGGACCCAAAAUAACCCCGCCUGCACGCCCCUCACCCUCGCUGCCAUAUCGCUUGAUGACGACACACAGCGGCUGCGAGACGACAACACGGAGCAGGCCGAGAGGGAUCGGGUCACCAUCCGGAUCUCCAACCUCAAGACCACCAUCCGUGUGCUGCUCCAGGUGGGCGCUGACAUCGCCCUCAUGCCCACGGCCACGGAGGAGGACCGCCGUGGUCGCCAGCUGGUGCUGCCCGAGUACGCGACAGUCCUCAACAACCUGCCCAAUGAUGUCAUGGCUGCCAUCAACGCCGCCCUCGCCCCUCAGCGGUCGCUCGCGGCCUUGCUCGCCCCCCGGCUGGCCGUCGGCCCGCAGGAGGCCCCCAUCUUCGCCUGGCGCAUCGCAUCGUACCUCUUCGACAUGGACGCCGCCACCCAGACCAUCACCGAGGCCAUCGGCGUGCGGCACUCCGCUAUGGCCCAUCGUGUGCGUGCGUCUGUCGAGCAUUUCGUCCGGUCGGCAGUGUACGAGGCCAGCAGCAACAGGGAGGUGGUGGGCGGGAUGGCCGAUGUGGGCGGCGAGACGGUGCGGGUGCCGCUGCAGUGCUUCGCCAUCAAUGCCGGACAGCAGGGGAGCGGGCAGCACCGGCAGCUGGGUGUGCGUGAGGUGGUUCACAGGGCUCGGCUGGACGAGGCGGCCCAGCAUGGCGUCGCGGGGCUGGUCAAGGGCUUCAACGAGUACCUGGGCAAUGACGACUGCCAGUUCCAGUGGCAGCAGCUGGGGUGCGUCGAGAGGGGCCGGGACGGCAUAGCGACCUUCAGACCGCUGCAGCUGACGUGAUAUGGGCGAGCGGGGCACGUCGAUUUGUGGAUGGAUGGAUGGAUGAGGGGGAGGGGCAGACGGGCGGGCAGGCUUUGAUGUGUGCAUGACUAGAUUGCUGUCGCUGCCUCACUGGCUGCUUCCUUUGUGUGGGUGGACGGAGAAAGGGGAGGCAGACAGGCCAGCAGAUGGACAGCCCGGCACUGGUCGGUGUGAGUCAUUCUCAUGUGUUCACUCAGUGGCACUCAACAUCCAGUCGGGUGUCACCGACGCGAAUGCCGUGGUAGAUGCUCACCUGCUGCCAGCCUGCCUGCCUGCCCGCCUGUGGAAGGUGGAGAUGGCGGCAGGAUGUUGUGAGGUGCGUUUAGUGGUGUUGACUGAAUGAGUUCACCUGUUGGUCGUGCUGGUACAUGGCUGUGUGCAGUGGAUGACCGAACUACUGAAUGACAUUGCAUGAUGGUCUCGAUUGGUCGACACGCACAAGACAGCGG